GGGGACAUGUCACACUCCGAUUAUCCUGUUAAGCAAGCCACGUGGACCUCUCACAAAGGCCUAUAAAUGCCCCCCAAGGGCCACUUCAAAAAGGACCCACCUUGGGGCUUUGUAGGUUCAUCCGAAGUGAAGACGCGGGCUGAAGAAGGAUCUCUGGUUUGGUCUGGAAACCAGGCUCAACCUCUUGGCCAAGGUCAAGGUCAUCUCCCCAACAACCUUCCACCUCACCUCCCACCUCAGAUCCCAAAUCUAUUUCCUCUUGUUGAACAUGCAGAAGGAGGAGAUGAAAACCAACCUCACAAUUCAGCCCAUAACUUAGCUUCCACUGCUAAUCAUGGAGAUGUAGUUACAGCUCAGCUUGCUGCCAUGCAACAGCAGUUCAAUGUUUUUCAAUUAGUUUUGGCUCAGCUCCUAGCUUGGAAUAAUCCUGGCGAUCCCCUCAUCAAUCUACUCAACCCUACUCAACAACCCCCUGUUCAACAGCAAGACCCUCAACUAGUUCAACAUGCCCCUGCUCUCAAUGAGUCUCAGGGGCUCCAACACGAGAGAUUCAAAGACAGCUUAAUUAAGCAUCCUGCUGCUACUUUUAAUGAGGUUAAUGACAGGUCGUUGAAAUUCAUAACUGCUGAGGAUUAUGCUUUAUCCCAAAAACCAGUUCUUCCCAAGAAUCAAAACCCAGAUUGGAGAGAUGAGGGUCAAAGCAAAAAGCAAAUAAGGACAGUACAUAGCCGAGGUCAAGAAAAAGAUGGAUUUGAGGUGACCAGGGCCGAUGAGAAGUUCUGCUACUACACGUGAUCAUACUAGAUACUGUGAUUUUCAUCAAGAUCAUGGUCACACAACGGAGCAGUGUAAUAGUCUGAGGUCGAAGUUGGAAAGUCUGGCUCAGAAGGGAAUGCUGAAUGAAUACAUUCAAAGAAC